AUGGUUGUUCUUUGUUGUGUCUCGGGAAAAAAAACAUUUUCACUGUGGCCGCUGCUCCUCUGCAUUUGCGUCGCAGAAAUGGCUCUCGGACAGGUCCGUUAUUCUAUACCUGAGGAGAUGGCGACGGGCUCGGUUGUCGGAAAUAUCAUACAGGACCUAGGCUUGGAUGUUAAACGGCUGAAAUCUGGGCGGGCUAGGAUAUUUACCGAGGACGGCAGUGAGUACGUUGGUCUGAAUGCAGAAAAGGGAACUUUGGUGGUGGCUAAAAGGAUAGACAGAGAAGAAUUGUGCAAGCAAGUGUCUCCCUGCUCUCUUCAUUUCCAAAUCAUCUUAGAAAAUCCAAUGGAGUUGCACCGAAUUGAUGUAGAGAUUACAGAUAUUAAUGAUAAUGCUCCGUUUUUUUCGAAAAAGGAAUACAGUUUCCAGGUUAUUGAAUCUGCCUCACCAGGGGCUCGCUAUUCGCUCGAGAGUGCCAAAGAUCCCGAUGUAGCUCAUAAUACCCUUCAAACAUACAAACUCAACCCCACAGAUAAUUUCAAAUUAAAUAUCGUUUCUCGGCCUGAUGGCAUAAAAUAUGUUGAAAUGGUUCUUCACACGUCGCUUGACAGAGAAAAACAGGAAGAGCAUAAAUUAACUCUGACAGCAUUUGACGGGGGUAAUCCUCAGAAAUCAGGUUCUGUCAAAAUAAAUGUUGUAGUUUUGGAUGCAAAUGACAAUGCGCCAGUAUUCAGUCAGUCUGUUUACAGGAUAACAGUUCCAGAAAACGCUUCUAGGGGCACGGUUAUAUUACGAGCUAGUGCCACUGAUAAUGACAAAGGAGCAAACGAGGAGGUGGUGUAUUCGUUCUCCCAGCACACCGAUAGUGCAUCAUCUUUGUUUAAUAUGGAUCCCCACACUGGGGAAAUGACAGUAAUUGGUGUGUUAGAUUACGAAAAAGCUAAACAUUAUGAAAUUGAUAUUGAAGCUACAGACAAAGGAGGGUUGACAGACACAAGUAAAGUGCUAAUUGAGGUGACCGAUGUAAAUGACAAUGCGCCUGUCAUUAGCAUCAUUUCUCUCUCCAAUCCCAUACCAGAAGAUUCAGCUCCGGAUACUGUUAUAGCAAUGCUUAACAUCAAAGACUUGGACUCAGAUAAAAAUGGCCAAGUUAGGUGUUUUAUUAGCAAAGAUUUACCUUUUAAAAUCAAGUCAUCAUCGACUAAUUUUUAUAGCCUUAUGUCUGAUGAUGUUUUAGACCGUGAAACAGUGCCAGAAUAUAAUAUAACAAUAACAGCAAUAGACGAGGGUUCCCCACCUUAUUCUACAAACAAAACUAUUAAUUUAAAAAUAUCCGACGUAAACGACCACGCCCCAAUGUUCCCACAACCAUUUAGUACAGCUUUCAUCACAGAAAAUAAUUCACCUGGCAUGUCACUACUCUCUGUCAAAGCCAGUGACAAAGACUCUGGGAACAAUGCGCGCAUUUCCUAUUUCCUCGAGGAAAGCCAAUUGAAUGGGAUGUCAGCCUCCGCUUAUUUUUCAGUGAAUGCAGAUAGCGGAGAGAUACUUGCUGUGCGUUCAUUUGACUAUGAGCAAACAAAGGAGUUUCAUAUUCGCGUCAAAGCGCAGGAUGGAGGCUCCCCUCCACUCAGUAGU